CCCUCAUGUGUUUGAUAUAAAAAUCUCGCUAGCAUAAUUCAUACAGACCCUGAGCGUGAAAAGCUGUGAUUUCAUUUCAGAGCAUUGUUCACUCCACAAUGACUAGCCAUGGUACUAAAAGAAAGCGUAGUAAUGAAGCAUCUGGCUCAGGUGCAAAGCGACCUGACAACAGUUCACAGGAACUUACAACAGAUUUGAUCAUGAAGCAGACAAAGGAUGUAAUAAAAAAUAUUAAACAAAAAAUUGCAGUCCAAGACUCAACUGACUUAAAGGCCUAUAUUAUUGACCAGAUUUCAAAUAUGGAUAUGAUGAACAAAUCCAAUACAAACAGGAAGAAGGUAACGAUAGGAAUUUUUGGAAGAUCUGGAGAAGGUAAGAGCUCCCUUCUAAAUGCAGUCCUUGGAGAAAGAUAUCUACUUCCGCCUGGUUCUUCCGGUGCAUGUACAGCCAUUACUACACAAGUGGAAGGAAAUCUGAGCGACUCCAACUACACAGCAGAGAUUGAAUUCAUUUCUAAAGAGGAGUGGGACAGUCAACUCAGAGAUCUUUUAUCAGAUUUGUCUGAUAAAACUGAGGACAAGAAUGACGACAUGACUAAAAUUGCAAUAGAAAAGAUUACUGCACUGUAUGGUGCUAAUGCAUUUAAGAAAACUCUGGAGGAGCUCAAAAAAGAUGCAAAAUCUGCUAAAAUCGAUGAACUUUUGCUUAUGGAAAAAAUGCCAAUUUCACAUUCUAAUAGCGUCAACUUUGCCAAGGAGAUUUCAAAAUUCAUACAGCACAGUAGAUCAAAUCCUGGUAACUGGUAUUGGCCCAUUGUGAAGAGUGUAGCCAUCAAGAUUCCAAACCCUCUCCUAGAGCACAUUGUCUUUGUUGAUAUUCCUGGGACUGGAGACUGCAACAAGACUAGAGACAGCCUAUGGAAAUCUAAACUAGGAGAGUGCUCUGUAGUGUGGAUCGUUAGUGCCAUCAACCGAGGCACUACUGAUGAAGACCCCUGGGAAAUAUUAAAACACUGCGUUUACUACAUGACACAAGCAGGAGAGUGCAAAAGCAUCAACUUCAUCUUUACCAAGACUGACGAUAUAGAUCCAGAAGAAUACAUUAGAAAUGAAUGGCCCAGUGAAGAGGAAAAACCAAACAAGGAUCUGAAAACAGCAUGUAUACGCAAGAGGAACAUCUGUUCCAAAGAGACAGUGACAGAAAGCUUUGAAAAUUCUAAAUUAAAGAAAAAGAUGAUUCUAAACAUUUUUACUGUAAGCACAAGGGCAUUUUUUGACAAAACAUUAUGUCUGGAACACAGUGACACAGAAAUCCCAAAGCUGCAGGAUGUCCUGAAGAAUCUUAACAACAGCAUCAACAAAGACCUGGCCAGAGAUUAUGUCAAUGAAGCAAAGGGAAUUUUAUCCUUAAUUAAAAGUGUGCAGUCGGAGACAGGCAAUGUGGUUCAGACAGGGGUCCACAAUAAAUUGGAACAGAACCUAUGUAAGGCACUGGAGAAGUUAGGUUGGCAGUUUGACAUGCUUUGUUGUGUUCUGGAAAAGUGUCUCUCUGAUGGAGUGGAAGAGUCAGAGAGAUUAUGUCUUACCAGUGCAUGUUCCAUUAUAUCACCUAAUUUACCUCACGGCAAAGGAGGAUUCCAUAAAAUCCUCAAGGCUUUGUGUAAAAAUGAUGGCUACCAUUGGUCAAAUGCAUGGGGUAUAGACUUGGAUCUAAACAUGGCUUUGGCACAACACAUGCACAAAAACAUUGAGGAGGAGUUUGAUUCAAUUUUUCCAGUCCAUUGCAAAACAGGGAAAUCAGUGCAAGAACAGAUUGAAAAAUUCAGUAUCAUCCAAAGUGACACUGAGCACCCCAGAGCUUCAAUGUUUUAUCACAUUGACAACUUCAUCAAAAGAGAGGAAAUCAAACUCAAGAGGAAGCUCAAAAGAGAAGUUAUUGAAAGAAAGAAUGAAAUCUCCUUAUCUAUCACAAACAUGAUUAAGGAUGCAAUGGUUCCCUAUUAUGCAAAAGCUGCACAUUUCCAUGGAACCGGAUCCAUGAAGAAAAUGCAGAAUACUCUGACAGAAGCAAUUGAGAAUUUAAAACAUGACAUGUUCAAACAGGCAAAAGCAGAAGUGCUUAGGAAGUUCAGAGAUUUGGAGCAACAUAUAAAAGAUACUCUAGAGUAUGGAUUACAGAGGGCAAUACUCUUGCUGUCAGAAACUGACAAAAUCAAACUGGAUGUUCUUGAAGAUAUUAAAGAGCUUGAGAACAUUUUACAACAACUGUGUGACUGAGCAAAGAGCAAGCAGUACAACCAACAUGGAACAAGGAACAUUGCAUUCUUCAGUUUAUGUUUUACCGCUUAUACAUUUUCCAAAAUAUAUUUUCCAAAAUAAAAUGGCACUGCUUUUGUAUCAAUUGCAUAAUGUUAGGGCUAUCUGUAUUAGUAUAGUGUUUACAGACACUUAAUGCAUGGGUAAGAGUGUAACUUCAGAGGAACUUUUAAGGAUACAUAGUAUUUUUUUUAACACAAAACAGAUAAUCUAACAAUCUAAAAGGGCUAGGCUUGUGAGCAUUCCCCUAAAUAUAUUUCCUCUUUUGGUAUUACAUUAUUUUAUACAUUGUUUAGGAAUGGGGAUUGAAUGUAUAUAAUAGCUCUGGAGUUGUAUAUGCUACCAAUAUUGACUUGUAUUAUAAUUACUGCAUGUGGGCCUUGUUUUCUGUGUAUUUUUGGUUCUUUUCAAGUUUUCCCUAGUCUGUUUAAUAAGUCAUCCUGUUCACCUGUGUUCAUUCAAUUAUGUCAUUAGUAUCUCCCUUGAGUUUGUAUAAAUUCUCCCCAUUUCUGUUUUGUCCUUGUUGGUUAUUAUUUGGGUCCUCGAUUCUUUGUGUUUUUGCUUUGUCGAUUAUAUUAAAAGACUGUUUAUUGGUUUA